ACUGGCCAAGGAGACCCCGAGUUCCUGUGACAGCCCUUUGCUGGCCUUGUGCUCGUCCAUUGUGUCUGCGGGGAAUCAGGAUCUCCAGACCAAGAUCCCCGCAUUCCAAGAUCUGCAAGACUGCCGGGUGUGCCAUCUGUGCAGGACCCUUCACUGAAUGCUUAUACACAGCAACACUCUGGAUAUUCCAGUCAUCCGAUAUAUUCUUCUCAUUGCCCGGAGCUCACGCGAACAUGGCCGACGAAGAUCUCAUCUUCCGAAUGGAAGGUCUUGACAACAACCGUUUACAAAACGAACGGCGCUCUGAUUACAACAAGGCUGACAGCGACGAUGAGGACAACUUCUUCAUCUGCCCCAUAACAGACGACCUGGCGUCACAUCACGCCGCGAACAAAAAGAACGCGGACUUCUUCAGCAAGCUGGCCAAGGAAAGCGAGUACGGGAGCAGCUCCUCUCCCAGGAACUCCUUCAGCUUUAAGGAAGCCUGGAAACAUGCGAUACAGAAAGCCAAGCAGAUGCCUGACCCCUGGGCUGAGUUCCACCUGGAAGACAUAGAGACCGAGCAUGCCGUCCGACACAGGUACAAUGCUGUGUCUGGUCAGUGGGUGCAAGACGAAGUACUGAUUAAAAUGGCUUCUCAACCCUUCGGACGCGGUGCUAUGAGAGAAUGCUACAGGACGAAAAAACUCUCCAACUUCUCACACAAGCAGCAGUGGAAAAUCGCGUAUAAUUACGUCGCCAAACGGUAUUUAGAAUCUGUAGACAGAGACGUGUAUUUUGAAGAUGUUCGACUUCAAAUGGAAGCUAAACUGUGGGGAGAGGAAUACAACCGACAUAAACCACCCAAACAGGUCGACAUUGUGCAGAUGUGUAUCAUCGAAAUGAAGGACAGACCAGGCAAGCCGCUUUUCCACCUGGAGCAUUACAUUGAGGGAAAAUAUAUUAAAUACAACUCAAAUUCUGGCUUUGUCCGAGAUGAUAACAUCCGCCUCACCCCGCAGGCUUUCAGCCACUUCACGUUUGAGCGUUCCGGACACCAGUUGAUUGUCGUUGACAUUCAGGGAGUCGGGGACUUGUACACCGACCCACAGAUCCACACUGAGAGCGGGACGGAUUUUGGAGACGGCAACCUAGGGGUCCGAGGAAUGGCCCUGUUUUUUCACUCUCACACCUGCAACCGGAUAUGUAAAAGCAUGAAGCUGGCUCCGUUUGACCUUUCGCCAAGAGAGACUGUCUUUUUGGAUAACUGCGCUAAAAUGUUGCAAUCUGCCCAGACUGUCCUCCGUGGCAUAGAAGAAACAUGUGGCAGCGCCAGAGUCAGGACCAUGUCUGGCAGCCGCCCCCCCCUGCUUUCCCGGCUUUCCGAGAACUCGGGAGAUGAGAACAUGAGCGACGUGAUGUUCGACUCUCUGCCCAACUCGCCGUCCCCAGCCACUCCUCACGGUCACAGGUUUGAUGUGCACGGCUGGCCCUUUUUCAAUGAAGUGGAUAAUUUGGUUCAUGAAGACAACUACAACAGCGAUAAUCACAGAGACUCAGAAAAUGGAGGUGACAGCGGAUGUCCCAGUGAAAAGAGAAGUGAAUCGGAUGAGAUGGAACCUCGGAAUCAUUCCAACCACAACCGAAGACGUCUUGAAUCAGAAUCAGAAGACAGUUUUGGAAAGAGCAAAGGUGUAAAUAAAGCCUAUGUGAACCCUAGAAACAGCCCCCGGAGUAAACUGGUCUCCGUGGAGAAGUGGAACCAGUUCCACGCGGCUCGUGUCCACAUUCACCGACCCUCCUGCGUGGCGAUGGAGGUACAAAGACUCAAUGCUCUUGAACUCGAGAAGAAAAUCGGCAAAUCCAUUCUGGGGAAGGUUCACUUGGCCAUGGUGCGGUACCACGAAGCAGGCCGCUUCUGUGACAAAGACAAAGAGUGGGACCAAGAGUCGGCCAUUUUUCACCUGGAACACGCGGCUAACUGCGGGGAACUGGAAGGCAUUAUUGGCCUGGGACUGAUGUACUCACAGCUACCCCACCAUAUUCUGACCGAAGUCACUGUGCAGGACACAGACAAGAACAAAAUUAAGGGGUUUAACUAUUUGUUGAUGGCAGCUGAGGCUGGAGAUCGCCCUUCAAUGAUUCACGUCGCUCGAGCUUACGAUACUGGAAUAAACCUGGGAUCAGACAGGUUACAAGACUGGCAGCAGGCUCUGUUCUGGUACAACUCUGCCCUCAACAUGACCGACUACGACGAAGGAGGAGAAUACGACGGGACUCAGGACGAGCCCAAGUACUUGCUGCUGGCUCGAGAAGCCGAAAUGUUACUCACGGGGGGGUUUAAACUGGAGAAAGACCCACAGAAAUCCGGUGAUCUUUACACAGAAGCUGCUGAAGCCGCCAUGGAAGCCAUGAAGGGGAGAUUGGCAAACCAGUACUAUCAAAAAGCGGAGGAAGCUUGGGCGCUGAUGGAAGAAUAAUCCCUUUGGUUAAAAGGAAUAACGAUGGCAGCUCAGCUAAUGCACCAUGCAAAAAUAA